CAAAAAGUACCAGAUCCUAUAAGACUUCAUACAUUUGUAUUUGAUGAAAGCAGUAAUUUUAAUAUCGAUAAUGACUUAUUAAGUCGAGUAUCAGAUAUUAUGAUUAAUGAACUUUUUAAUAUUAUUAAGGAUAAUAAUGAUUUGGAUAAUAACAAAAACACACUUUACUUAUUUACUGGUACACACCAUUUCUAUAGAUCUUAUCACAAGAGUAAUUCACAUUAUAUGCAAAUUAAACUUCAAGCUUGA